ACAAGAUGCUUACACGUUCAUUGGCUCUCUAUGUCUGUCCUUUGCGACAACAAUGAAUGUGAAGAUCUGGGUUAAGGUCAUCAGGUGUACACCUUCCGACGGCGGCCACGAGACUUGGUCUGUUCGCUACAUCACCCUCACUGACGAGCAGACAGACUCCGGCUUGUGCUUGCUGUCUCUUGAUUGGUCUAUAAUCGCUUCCCUUCUACCUUUGUUCCCGCAGCUGCAACAGCUUCAGAUCCUUUGCGCAAGCAAUUACACCAAGAAUAGCUUUCACAUUCUCCGUGACAGGGUUAGGCAGGCUGUGAACAACCAUCCGGUUGUCAGACUGAAUUACAACCCUGGACUACCUGACGGGAGGUUUUUGGAGCCAAAGUUGUUUAAUCUCAGCGAGGAAAUAACACAAACAUCAGUGGUAUGGACUGAACUAUGUUGCUUUGCACUGCACUGAGCAAUGUUUUCACGCAGAUUGACAGUAUCAUGAAGGGCAGGACUCGGAGGCUACAGCCCUAGGCUGCAAGUAUACCGUCUGUGAUAUCUUGUUUUGUGGCAGAACCAGACAAGCCUGUGUCCUUCCUCCUGCGCAGCAGGCUACGUGACAGUAGGGUGCGACUACGCGUACACAUGAUAUGUAGCUAUCGCGAAAAGAUGUGUUUCACAACCAGUCACAUUAUCGUGUCACUGCAUCGAUCUACACUACAGUUACACCGUCUUAUCGUGUUCUUUGCAUAGCUCUAAAUAGCCAUGCAUUUUACGCUCGACUACGACAUAACGAGGGAGCUACUGAAUACGGGAGACAGCAAGUGGAGCGUACAUCAAAUGGCCUCACAUUGACUCGUAUGAUCUGCAACCCAUCUACUGGGUGAGUAAAUACAACCAUCUUGCGUCUCAUACAUCACCUGAGAAACAAACCGCCAGUUGAGCUGAGCUGCACAGCUACGUUAGAUGGCGCUGAU